CUUUUUCUUUUUCUUUUUCCUUUCUCUUUCAAAUCCAAGUGUGAAAAUAACCGUCGUCGUCACCUGAGCAUUAGUAGAAAUGGGAAGCACCGCCGUCGACUCGCAGUCGCAAAUGAUGAAAUUAGUGACCGGAGAAGCUGGUUAUGUACUCGAAGACGUCCCUCAUUUAACUGAUUACAUUCCUGAUCUCUGUACAUAUUCGAAUCCGUUACAAGAUAAUCCUGCUUAUUCUGCAGUCAAGCAGUACUUUGUUGAUGUGGAUGACACUGUUGCGCAAAAGAUUGUUGUCCACAAGGAUGGUCCUAGAGGGACUCAUUUUCGACGUGCUGGACCUCGUGAGAAGGUGUAUUUUAAGUCUGAUGAAGUACACGCGUGUAUUGUAACAUGUGGCGGUCUUUGUCCUGGUCUCAACACAGUGAUCAGGGAGAUUGUUUGUGGCCUUUAUCAUAUAUAUGGUGUUACCAGAGUUCUCGGCAUUGAUGGAGGCUACAAAGGUUUCUAUUCCAAAAACACUGUUUCUUUGACACCUAAGGUUGUCAAUGACAUCCAUAAGCGUGGUGGUACUAUCCUCGGGACAUCAAGAGGGGGCCACGAUAAACCAAAGAUAGUUGACAGCAUUCAGGAUCGCGGGAUUAAUCAGGUCUACAUAAUUGGAGGUGAUGGAACACAAAAAGGAGCAGCAGUCAUUUUUGAGGAAAUCCGACGGCGUGGCUUAAAAGUUGCAGUUGCUGGAAUUCCAAAAACCAUUGACAAUGACAUCCCAGUUAUUGACAAGUCAUUUGGAUUUGACACAGCAGUUGAAGAGGCUCAGCGUGCAAUUAAUGCAGCACAUGUUGAGGCUCAAAGUACUGAAAAUGGUAUUGGUGUCGUGAAGCUUAUGGGGAGAUAUAGUGGAUUCAUUGCAAUGUAUGCUACUCUUGCCAGCCGAGAUGUUGACUGUUGUUUGAUUCCAGAGUCACCAUUCUAUCUUGAAGGACCAGGUGGUCUACUUGAAUUCGUCGGAAAAAGACUUAAGGAAAAUGGGCAUAUGGUUAUUGUUAUUGCUGAGGGAGCAGGACAAGAUCUUGUUUCACAGAGUCUGCAAUCCAUGGACCAGCAAGAUGCUUCUGGUAAUAAGUUGCUUCAGGAUGUUGGGUUAUGGAUAUCUCAGAAAAUCAAGGACCAUUUUGCUAAAGGAAACAAGAUGAACAUAACACUGAAGUAUAUUGAUCCUACAUACAUGAUCCGUGCAAUUCCAGGAAAUGCAUCAGAUAAUGUCUACAGCACUCUCCUUGCCCAUAGUGCUGUUCAUGGGGCAAUGGCUGGAUACACAGGGUUCACCGUCGGACCUGUCAAUGGACGGCAUGCUUAUAUUCCUUUCAAUCGUAUAAAUGAGAAGCAGAACAAGGUUGUUAUUACGGACAGGAUGUGGGCCAGACUCCUAUCUUCAACUGGCCAGCCAAGUUUCUUGAUCCCCAAAGCCGCCACUAAGGUCAAGAAACAGAAAGAUCCUCCAGCCCAGGUAGACGACAGUAGUACGAAAAAUCCAAAGUAACUUGAUAGUACAAUACGAGGCUCCUGGUGACAUUUGACAUACGGGAAAGCUCAGUGCAUUUACACAUCUAACCAGAUACUCCUCGCAUAACUGUCUUCCGGGUUUUUUCUGUCACGAUCAUAUUAUGUGCUGUGAGACAUACAUUUUUUUGACUUUGUCAGUUUCUGAUAUACGAGGUUGUGUUCAGCUGAUUAUUUUUUGUUCAAAAAACUUUUCCAGAAAAUGAAAGGUUGUUGUAUUAUACCAAA